GGGACAUAUUCCAGCUUGUGUCUUCAAAAUAGCGACGUUAUCUCCUAACAUGCUCUCCGGCAGCCCUAACAUGCUCUCCGGCGAACUUCCCGGCAGCAGUGAUUCGUCGAUGCGAUCUAAACGGAGAAAGGGUGGGUGGGUCACCUUCCCCUUCAUCAUAGGAAGCUCUGGGCUGUUGUGCCUGGCUGCGUAUGGCUCAGUCGCCAACCUCAUAGUCUACCUGGUUCAGCAAUUCAACGUCAGCCGGAUCGCAGCGGUGCAGAUCUUCAACAUAGUCAAUGGAUGUGGAGCCAUUGCGCCGCUCGUCGGCGGCAUCAUCUCCGACUCCGCCGCCGGUUGCUUCUCUGUUAUUUUGGCAGCCUCCGUCAUUUCUUUCCUGGGACUCGUUCCAAUGACGCUGACUGCAAUAUUACAGUCCCUCAGGCGACCACCAUGCACUUCAUCAAGCAACUCAUGCAAAUCGCCUUCGACUUUUCAGUACGCAAUCCUUUAUAUUUCACUGGCUCUCGUCAGUGUGGGCAUCGGCGGCUCACGGUACACAAUGGCCACAUUUGGCGCGAACCAAUUUGAUGAUCCAAAGAGGCAGGAAACCUUCAUUAACUGGUUCUUCAUAGCACUCUAUGUUGCAAUGAUCCUGGCCAGCACAGUUGUUGUUUUCGUGCAAGACACUGUUGGGUGGGCUUGGGGUUACGGGACCUGCCUAGCAGCCAACGUGAUCAGUAUCGUCAUCUUCCUCAUUGGCAAAUGGCACUACAAAGAAGUGAAGCCUCAGGGGAGUCCGUUCACUGGCAUUGCUCGAGUGGUAAUUGCUGCGAUUCGAAAGCGAAAACUGGCGUUGUCGACCAAUGUCAGCGAUUACUUCUACGAAGAUGAUCAGAUGAACUCAAAGCAAAUGUGCCAAGUGACUUCAAAGUUCAGUUGCCUGAACAGAGCAGCCAUAGUAACAGAAGGGGACACGAACUCGGAUGGGUCAUUAGCAAAGCCUUGGAGAUUAUGCACCACUCAGCAGGUAGAAGACCUCAAGACCCUCAUCAGUAUACUCUCAAUUUGGUCGAGCAGCAUAUUCCUCUGCACACCUAUUGGGGUCCAAUCCAGCUUGGCCGUUCUCCAGGCCCUCACCAUGGACCGCCACCUGGGUGCCCACUUCAAAAUUCCGGCCAGUUCCUUCCCCGUCUUCGUUCUUCUAGCUGCAGCAAUUUUCAUUCCAUUCUUGGACCAUGUUGUAUACCCAGUUUGUCACAAACUAUUACGGUGGUCGCCUACACUCCUCCAUCGGAUCGGCGUCGGCCAUGUGCUAAACAUCACCGCCAUGGUUGCCUCGGCCCUAGUUGAGGCAAGGCGACUUCAUAUAGCUCACGAUCAUAAUCUCACAAACCAGAAGGAUUACGCAACUGUGCACAUGUCUGCCAUUUGGCUUGCGGCUCCAUUGGUGAUCACCGGUGCUGGCGAGGCGUGCCAUCUUCCCGGCCAAGUGAGUCUCUACUAUGAAGAGUUUCCUACAUCUCUAAAGGGCACGGCAACGGCAAUGAUGUCUGUGUUAGUUGCAAUUGCAUAUUACCUCAGUGCUGCUAUAGUGAAUGCUGUGAAAAAAUCGACUGUUUGGUUACCUAAUGACAUUAACCAGGGGAGAAUGGACAAUGUGUUCUGGAUGCUUGUGGUGGUGCAAACUUUGAACUUUUGCUACUACAUUUUAUGUGCUAAGUGGUAUAGGAAGCAGUUGUUCAAGUGUACUUGAAGGACUCCUUUCCAUAAACCAGAGGGUUUGGUUUUAAGAUGGCAAUAGUUGAUGAAUUGAUAGCAAAGAGGUGAAUUAUGCUUUGUAAAAUGGUUCUUCCAAGCAGCAGUUAAUAAAUCAAUACAAAGCUUAUCUAGGUAGGAAAAAUAAGCAACGUGUUGCUUAUGUCAAAAGGAAAUGUAUUUUUCUCAUUCUGUCAUAGAUUAUGGCAACAAAUUUGAUAUUUAUUCUGCUGCACCUUGUUUCUAUGGAGAAAUCAGAAUGUAAAUGAUGUUUACAAUAGAAUGUUAAGUGUAUUAUUGCUAGA